AUGGAGCAGCAACCGCGAGGGGGGCCUCCAGGCGGGCUGCAGAAGGGCCUCAACCGAAAACGUGAAAAACCCAACGCAGCCAGGCGGCCCGCUGGCUCUGCCUUUUCUCCGCUCUCUCAACAGCAACAGCAGCAGCAGCAACAAGAGCCCCAUGAGCAACUGCAGCAGCUGCAGCUGGACGAUGCGCAGCUGGAGGUUCUUACAGUUCAACAGGCAGUGCCAUCGCCCCCCUUAGAACAGCAGCAGCAGCAGCAGCAGCAACAGCAGCAGCAGCAACAGCAGCAGCAGCAACAGCAGCAGCAUGAAAGACAAGAACGUCAACGAAUAACACAGCGAAUGCCAAGACAGAUAAGGAAUACCAUGCAGCAGCAGCAGAAGCAGCAGAUGCGCCCGAGAUAUGAACGCGUACAACAAAGACAGCAGCAGCAGCAGCAACAGCAGCAGCAGCAGCAGCAGCAAAACCGUCGGUCUAAUUCGCAGCAGAAUCUAAGGAUUCUAGAGCAGCAGCAGCAACUGGAAAUAGUGAAGCGAGAUAUUGAGGAAAUGGAAAAACUAAUGCAGCAAAAGCAGCAGCUCUUCUCGGCGCAGCACGAGCCCGAGCUGCACCCGGCAGUGGAGCAGCAAAGACUGAAACAGCAACAGCAACAGCAACAUGAACUCCAACGACAACAGAAACAGCAACAGCAACAGCUGCUGCAGCAGCAACAGCAGCAGCAACUGGAACUGCUGCUGCUGCAGUUACCCGAUGAGCCUCCAUAUACAGAAGGAACUGAAGAGCAGCACGAAUGUUUUGUAGGGGAGUCGAAGCAGCAGCAAGUAAAUAUAUGGGGGGCUAUGUCUGCUGCUGCAGCAGGAAGAGAUGGUUCCGCGCUGCAGCAGCAAACCCUGCUAGAUGAAAUAUCAACGCUGAAGCAGCAGCAAGAGGCAGAGCUACAAAAGAUAUGGGGAAAGCAUAGCCAGCAGCUUGAGCGUCUGAAACAGCUGCAAAGCGAACAGCUGCAUAUACACCCUGGGGUGUAUGAGCAUGAGGGGGGGUUCAAUCAGCUGCAGCAGCUGCGCUUUCAGGCGGAUGCAGAGGAUGGCCAGCAGCAGCAGCAGCAGCAGCAGCAGCAGCAACAGCAGCAGCAACAGCAGCAGCAGCAGCAGCAGCAACAGCUGCAGGAGCAGCUGCGGCUGCUGCUGCUGCAGCAGCAGCAGCAGCAGCCGCAGCAGCAGAAGGAUGUGGCUGCAGCAACCAAACACAACCAACAGCAAAACACGAUACUACAUCCACACGAACAAGCGGUGCUGCAGCGCGAGUUUUUGUCGCAGCAGCAAAACAAUUUCAAGCAGCAGCAGCAGCAGCAGCAGCAACUGCAGCAGCAGCAACUGCAGCAGACACUACAACAGGGAGAGCAGAACCUCGGCAUGCAAAGGCACAGCAUUUACACAGCCGCAGCAGCAGGACCGCAGCAGCAGCCGCCCCUGUUGCUGCCUCUUCUAUCGCCUCCAUACACAGCAGCAGCAGCAGCAGCAGCACAGCAGCAACAGCCUCAGCUGCAUGCGCAGCAAGAUGCCAGCUCCCCCCCAAAGGAGCAGCAGCAAAGCACCCCGCUUUCGCAGCAGCAAUACAUUACGAUGCCUCCCCAGGAAGACACAGAGGAGGCCCCGCAGCUCUCUCAUGCACGGCGGCUGCUGCAGCAGCAGCAGCAUCUGCACUUGCUGCCGCCCCCAAACCUAGACCAAGAGCAGCAGGCUGAGGAGACAGCAGCAAACAGCCAGGAGCGAUCGUUUGUCCGCUUGUAG